CCCCAGUAACCUAACAAAGUAGAUCCUUUUGUUUUUGCUCAAAAACAAACAAACAAGAAAACAAACUUUAACCAAAGCUGAAGGGAAUCAUUUUAACAUAACAGAGAGGUGUGUGUCCGGGCACAACAUCACAAUCACUAGUCAGAGCUGGACGCUUUUGGGAAGGCUAGUGAAUAUAUUUGGGCUGUAAUUAUUAACAGGACCUGAGCAAAAAAAAACUCUGUAGUCUCUUUGUGAAUACAUUCUGCUCAAUCUUUUCUAUCUGAAUGGCUACAAUAGACAGGAAAGCAAAUUAAUAAGCAGCUCUGAACUUUCACAUCACUGUUUGGCUUAAGUCCAGCCUCCCUAGGCACAGCACACUGGUAUUGGUAAGUCAGAAUUGAUAAUGAGCUGAGCAGAACGCCUGAGAAAGCUUCGCUUCACACUAGACUUCUGCUGCUGGCUCUCGUUACAGACACACACAAAAGCCUCUGCAGCUUGUUUACCUCUGUCUAGGGGUUAAACUACUUGGAAAUGAAACCAGUGUUCUCACUCCGAACCAUUCUCCGGAUGAGAAGGCAGUGAAGUCAUUGUUGCACAUGUAAGAAUAUCGCAUGCCUCCUCUGGGUCUGGCAUUUUAAAACAGACUCGUUGUACAACGGACAGAAAUAAGAACAUCUGAUCCAUUGUGAGAAUUUAGCAUCGGCCAAGCAAAAUAUUCUCAGCGACAAAACCUAACGUUUGUGUUUGUUCAAUCAAGAAAAAGCAGGAUGUAAAGAUCAGGACUGAGCUGGACAUUUAAAUAGGAAAGACUGACUACAGAAUCUGGAUACUGGGAAACAUUUAUUUUUCCCACAAGGAACACCACCUUUUCUUAUGUUACAGUUAUAAUCAGUAGCAGUCUGCACAGACUUCUGUUUUGUAGCUGAUGUAACUUAUUGUUCCCUUUGCUGAAGAUUGCCUUUUUUCCCCAAGUCUCUUCUGAAACCACAUUAAUGCCAUGGAGUUCACAAAUAUAACAACACCGAACUAUAAACCAGAAGCAGAUCCAGCAAAUGGCGUUUUUAAAGUUUUCCGUGACAUGGUACACUCCUAUCUUGAUAUUGUACAAAGGAAUGCCUUCCCACCAUAUUUCCUUGGAAACCUACAAGAUUUUCUUAGAAACGUACAAGACACCUCAGCUUCUGGUGUGAAAGUUAAAGAGGUCUUGACCUAUGAAAUCGGAUUCCUGAUAGCUCUGGCUGUUGGAGUCCUGUUCUUUAUACUUAUGCCAUUGACGGGAUUCUGCUUUUGCUGCUGUCGAUGCUGUGGGAACUGUGGGGGGAAGAUGCACCAGAAACAGAUUAAGAAAAUGACCUGCAAGCGCAGAUUUAUUUACCUUUUUCUACUUUGCAUAACACUCAUCAUGUUAGCUGGAAACAUCUGCAUGUUUUACAGCAACGGCAAAGUAAGCAGUGGAGUAAAGGAUGGCAUCAGUUCAUAUAAUAAUACUAUGGAAAACUUAAUGACCUACAUCAAUUCAGUGCCAAAGGAACUUGACUUAAUAAUUGGCCAGAGUGAUUCAGUCAUACAGAAUGCCAAUGACAGCAUCACAGCUAUUGAUUCUGUACUUGGUGGAGCAAUUAAAUCUGAAAUUGAGAAGGUGUCUAAUUCAACACUUAAUUUAAUUGUGACGACAGUUAAUGACGUGAAUGACACUGCUAAGCUCCUGGUGGCUACUACUGAUUCCUUUAACGCCUUGCAAGCUGAACAGGAGAUCAUACAGGGGAAUCUGAGUGAUGUACAAACCAGAAUCAAUAACACCAUAAACAAAUGUGCCGGCAAAUGCAACUCAGCUAAGAACUCGGUGGACGGCCUAACCUUUGAUGUCAGAUACCAGAUUCCAGAUUUCAGUGAUCACUUGAAACGCAUGAAUGACUUUUUGGGCUCUGGAAUUGACUCUACAAUACAGAAGGCCCGCAAAUCAAUAGAUGAUAUCCCUGAAACUGUGAAAUAUGAAACUAAAUAUACCAUUCAAGGUAUCCAAGAUGAACUGGGAAAGAUUAAAAGCAAAAUUAAUGACACAAAGAAUGCUAUUCCUAUUGCCAGUACAGUAAAUAACAUCAAGAGUGGCUUGAAUACUUUAUCUACACAAGUGAAUCCAUUCAUUUUUCAGAUUGAGAAGUAUGAUUACUACAGGUGGAUUGUUGGAAUCAUUCUUUGCUGUAUCAUCCUACUUAUAAUUGUGUGCAUUUUGUUUGGACUGAGUCUUGGCCCACUUGGCCUCAAAGGUAAUGAAGACCCCACCAAGCGCAACUGUGCAUCCAACUCUGGGGGGAACUUCUUUAUGGCGAGCGUGGGAUUCAGCUUUAUUUUCUCAUGGCUACUUAUCCUGAUAGUAGCAGUAUUGUUUCUAAUUGGUGGAAAUAGCUACACCUUAGUCUGCAAACCUUGGGCCAAUCAGCAGCUGUUGAAGUAUCUUGAUUCCCAAAAUAUUCCAGCACUUAACAUCUCCAGCUUUGUCGACACUGAUUUGAAUUUAUCUACACUUUACAGUGACUGUCAGAGAGAUGAUUCAUUGUGGUCCACUUUAAACUUUGAUCGAAGGUUCAAUCUAAACAAAUACCUGAACAUCACUCAGUAUACAGAUGUGGUACAGAGGACUAUUGACAACUUCAAUAUCACCAUAAAAAAUAUUAACUUCCUUACUACGAACCAGAAGAACCAGAUAAGAAAAGUGUCAACUUCAGGAAUCGACACGAUUAAUUUUACUGAUUUUAAAUCACAGUUGAGCAGAAACAUCACCAAAAUAAACCUGUCGUCGUUUGCAGAUGAGCUAGUUACACUGGCAAAUAACAGUUAUUUAUCAGUGGAUGUAACUACAGAACUAAAGGAAGAGGCUAAUGAGUUACGGAGGAUCGACUCUCGUAUCCAAAACAAACUGAUACCAGCAGCUCAAACUUUGUAUACCAGUAUCCAGAAUCUGGAAUCAAAAUCCAAAAGCCUGCCUACAUCUUUAAAUGACAUUCUUACAAAAAUUGAUGAAGCACAAGUAUUUGUGGAUACGCAAGCUGCCGGAAUAGUAAAAAAUGCGACUAAAGCAUACGUGAGCAAGAUAUUGAAUCUUUUUCAGUCAUAUGUUGAUUGGGCAAAAAUGAUGUUGAGAACCAAUUUUGCUCGCUGUGGACCAGUUGCCAAAGCUGUGAAUUCUGCACAAACCAUAGCUUGUGUUUAUAUUGUGGACUCCGUGAAUGCCUUUUGGUUCAGUAUGGGCUGGUGUACAAUAUUCUUAAUACCCAGCAUCAUCUUGUCUGUGAAGCUUGCAAAGCACUACAGAAGGAUGAAUACGUCUGAUGUUUACGAGAAUGAAUAUGACCAUAUGGAGAUGACAACAUCUCGGCAAUUUCUAUUUCCAAGAGCCCAAGCGAAAGCCUGAAAUGUCUUUCAUUGCUCUCAUGUUACAGACGCAAGAAUAAUGCACUUCUUUAUAGGGCUACUGGCCUCCGAGUACUCAGGGAUUUACAUUCAUUUACACCCCUUUUCUUAUAUUAGUAUCAUCAUCAUCAUUUUGCUCUUUAUUGGAUGCAACAGAACCGAUAUCUAUCUAUCUCUAUCUCCAUCUCUAUCUCUAUAUAUAUAUAUACCCAAAAUUGGUUACAGAUAAGUUUGGAGUGAAUGCAGAAAUAUAGCUGGAGGCAUAGUUAUGGAAUAUAUUAUCAUUAGCAAAAGAGCCCAUAGAGCCCUAUAGAACAAUUUGUAUUUAUUUAUUUUUUGGUAACAAACAAGCAUAAAUCCAUGUUGGUGGCAAUCACAUUCAUUUUUUUACAUGUUUAAAUUGGUUUUUAGUAGCUUUAAAGAAUGGUGCUCCAAAUUAUGGAUAAACCAUUAUCCAGGAAACCAUAGAUUCCAGGCACUCCAGCUAAUAGAUCCCAUACCUGUAAAUAUUAACUUUCCCCAAACUUUGUUUUGGUGCAUAUGCUGCUUCCCCAUUGAGGAUAAAUGGGCAGUGGCGUAAAUAGACCCCUAAGGGAGAGAGACAAAAACUGAGCAUGCUCAAGCCCUAGCCCUGGAGGUUUAAGCUGAAAACAGGAAGUCUGAUACAGAAGCCCAUGUGUACACAAUAGAAGGAAAGAAAUGUGGUGUUUCUUUUGACAGAGGACUCAGAGCAGCAUUACUGGUGUUUACUGGUGUAUUUAUAUAGACCUUUCUGAUCCUCUGUAUACAUUGUACAAUAUUUUCUGGCUAUUGCACCCAGGCACGAUAUACCUACUAUACGAGUAGUGCCGGCAUCCAUUGUUCUCUUAGGCAGGUGAGAAGAGAUAAGAUUGGUACCACCCACAUUUCACUAGCACAAAUCACCUGCAGAGCCUUUUGCCACUAACACUGCACCACAGGGGAUUAAAGUGAUCUGUUUCAAAGAAACAAGAGAAUUUUGAAAGAAAGUUGUUCAAACAGCUCAAGGUUAUGGCAGUUUAAAACACUAGCUAAAACCCAAGAAACAACCAUGUUUUAUGAAGUACAGGUAUGUACUUCAUAAAGCAUGGUUUCUGUUAUGCAGAAACCGGUUAUCCAGAAAGUUCCCAAUAACGGAAAGGCUGUCUCCCAUAGACUCCAUUUUAUCCAAAUUUU